UCGAGUUACUGGCGUCUCGCGCGCCGCUGCUGCUCACUUCACUCACUCAGCAGUCUCUGCCGCGCGAGUGGCGCACCGACCCACCGCUCCACGCACACACUCCGCUCCUCACAUCCAUUCAGCUCGAUUCCGCAUCGUUGUCCGAAGAUGACCGUGAAUAUUACCACGAGCCUAACCUCGUAUAUCUCCACCAACCGCGGAGAGUAGAACCGGAGCCGAGGAGAGAGAGAGAGAAACCCACCUACCUCUCUCUCGUCUCUCCCCAUCAUCUGCUUCAAUCCUCUGGGCAGCAAACCGACAGCUGAAGACACAGCGAUAUCUGCUGAAACCUAGCCCUCACCCACAAACACUCUUCUGCUUUUAGCUCUCAAGCCGCGUCUCGUCGGGGUAUUGUGGAAGAAAUUACACACAAGGAUUUUUUUUUCCUGAUCUGUAUUCACAUAAGAUGGAUAAUAUAAACGUGGAGUCGGUGGAGAAGGAGUGCGGGGCGCUCGGUGGAUUAUUCCAGGCGAUUGUCAAUGAUAUGAAGUGUUCAUAUCCUGUCUGGGAAGACUUCAGUGCCAAGGCCACCAAGCUGCACUCUCAACUCCGAACCACGGUUUUAGCAGCCGUGGCAUUUCUGGAUGCCUUUCAGAAGGUGGCAGACAUGGCGACCAACACAAGAGGUGCCACCAGAGACAUCGGAUCAGCGCUGACCCGCAUGUGUAUGAGACAUCGCAGCAUUGAGGCUAAACUACGCCAUUUUACUAAUGCUUUGAUGGAGAGCCUGAUCACUCCGCUACAGGACCGUAUUGAAGACUGGAAGAAGACAGCCAACCAACUGGACAAGGACCAUGCCAAAGAGUAUAAACGGUCUCGUCAUGAAAUAAAGAAGAAAUCGUCAGACACCAUGAAAUUACAGAAAAAAGCCAGGAAAGAGCUACAGGGCCGGGGGGACCUUCAGCCACAGCUGGACAGUGCAAUGCAGGAUGUGAAUGACAUGUACCUGCUGAUGGAGGAGACGGAGAAACAGGCGGUGCGGCGUGCUCUAGUGGAGGAGAGAGGACGCUUUUGUACCUUCAUCAGCUUCCUGCAGCCAGUAGUGAAUGGAGAGAUUGCAAUGUUGGGAGAGAUCACUCAUCUUCAGGCCAUUAUUGAUGACCUCACUGUGUUAACCUCAGAGCCCCACAAACUGCCCCCGGCCAGUGAACAGGUAAUAAAAGACCUUAAGGGUUCUGAUUACUCUUGGUCCUACCAGACUCCCCCCUCUUCUCCCAGCAGCUCCGGCUCCAGGAAAAGCAGCAUGUGCAGCAGUGUAAACAGCGCCCAUAGUAGCGCCUCUCGAUCCUCUGGUGGCUCUCAGACUCACUCACCCAGUUCGUCCUGUCGCUACCGCAGCCUGGCCCAACCGCUAACCACCGCUGCACACCGCCUCAGCAGCGUCUCCUCCCACGACUCCGGCUUCAUCUCACAGGACGCCAACGUCUACUCCAAACCUCCAUCACCCAUGCCCUCCGAUAUAACCAGCCAGAAGUCCUCAAGCUCAGCGUCCUCAGAAGCAUCUGAGACCUGCCAGUCAGUUAGUGAGUGUGGCUCUCCGACCACAUUUGGCUCGUCCUUCGCUACCUUCCGCCCUGCUCUUUCUCACACUGGCUCCAUCAGGCCUUUCUCUGUCAUACUUCCUGCGUCCCCACCCUAUAACCGCUCCCCCGGAUCCAACACACCCUCUCCCACAUCCAAGGUUCCUUGCUGGAAGGACUGGUCCAAGGUAGGUUCCAGUGAGCUGCCGCUGGCCAGCACACUUCAGAGGAGGAAGGAGCCUCUGGAUAGGCUGAGGGAGGCAGAAACCUCUCCUCAGUCACAGGGGUAUUCUGGGAUGCAUUCAGAAGACCACCAGAGGCCAAGGAUGAACCCAGCCACUACAACUGCCAAGCACAGUGAGGAGGUUUCCCCGGCUGCUAGUGAUCUAGCUAUGGUCCUGACACGAGGCCUCAGCAUGGAGCAGCAGAAGAGCAGCCGAGACUCUCUUCAGUACUCUAGUGGAUACAGCACUCAGACAACCACCCCAUCCUGCUCUGAAGAUACCAUCCCCUCACAGGGCUCUGACUACGAUGUUUACUCAGUAAACGGAGAUACUGAGGCCGAUGGUCAGGCUGAAUUCGAUAAAUCCUCCACAAUUCCCCGUCACAGUAAUAUCGCCCAGAACUACCGGCGCAUGAUACAGACUAAGCGUCCCGCCAGCACAGCAGGCCUGCCCAGCGGAGUGGGUGCCCUGGGCGGACCACCCGGCGGAGGGGGCGGUAUUCCUGGUACAGCCACCAUUCGGCGAACGCCGUCUACAAAGCCGGGGGUGAGGCGCACCCUCUCCAGCGCUGGCCCUAUACCUAUACGCCCACCCAUUGUGCCAGUCAAGACCCCCACUGUGCCUGACUCACCCGGCGGGUACACUGGCCCUCCCGCCCGUGUGGGCAGUGAAGAAUGUGUCUUUUAUGUGCCGGAUGACCCCUCCCCAGGAGCGCUGGAGUAUGUGAAGGCCUCUCCGAAGCGGCUGAGCCUGCCCAACACAGCCUGGGGCUCAGGAGGCGCUGGAGGCUUAGAGAUGAGCGUCUACGCCCAACCGGGUGAAGAAGACCACCUGCUGGCUGCCAAUCGCCACAGUCUGGUGGAGAAGAUCGGGGAGCUGGUGGCCAGCGCUCAAGCAUUAGGUGAGGGCCAGUUCCCUUUCCCAUCGCUUCCAAACCAGCCCCCGCCAGGUCCCGAGUCCCAAACCGAUCCUGAAGCGCCCCAGGAGGGUGAGGACAUGCUGAGGUCUAUUCGUCGAGGGGUGCGACUGCGCAAAACCGUCUCUAACGAUCGCUCAGCGCCCCGGAUUUUGUGAUGCCUCCUGGAGAGAUGGGAGAAUAUGAGCGAAGUAACCCAGAAAAAAAAAAAAAAAACUUCACAAUGACUCUUUAGAAAAUGAGCUAUGAAAAAGAGGAUAAAAAAAAAUUAAAUGUUUAAAAUCAUUAGAGAAAAUAAUGAAUAACAGUAAUGAAAAAAGUAAAUGAUAUGUAACAGCAGGCUCAGGCCACUAUAACUCUUAGCGUGUCCGAACGCAUGUUUGUCUUAUUAACACGCCCAUCACCGCGGCAUAGUUGAACUUUAGUGAGACAAUUAACUACUGACAGAAAAAAGGGACCAGGAUGUCCGCAUGGUCCCUGUAGAGUAACGGCCCUCCCCAAAUUAUGGACACCAGGAAUCAGUGCUUGAGAAGCUCACGGGGCACGCAGGGGCUUGUCGCAAAUCCUUGCCCCUCCACAAGGCUCUCUCUAACCCCGCCCUCACCUCCAGUAAAACUGCCAUCAGAUCCUGAAAGUCUUGUGGUAUCGCUGUUGUGUGUUGGUCUGCAGUCUGGAGGUGAGCAGGGCUCUGCUGCAGGUCAGCUCGUGGUUGUGUAGAGGGACAGGAUUUAUCUUUUGUUUGUACGCUUCUGUUGUCUUGUUUGUUUUAUUUACGAGCAGUUAAUCACCUCCUAGCUCCGAAGCGUAGGAAACGUUCAUGUCAGGUAUGUGGAUUUGUGUAGAUUUAGGGUGAAAAACCGCCAUGAUAAAGUGGAGCAAUAACGCUUUUUCCUUUUUUUUUUUCUUUGAUGGGGGAAGGUUUCGAAGAUCAGCUUUGAAUAAAGUUGUGCAUUUUUGAUGUUCAGGUGUCUUUGGGGAAGCAGAUGCUUUCGAAGACUUCUUGUUGAGUCUAAUUAUGGCUUAUUUAAAAAGAAAAUAGAAAGGAUGCAGAGCACUUUUAAGGCCUAGUUUUGACCACUAGUUGUCACUGUGGCCACACUGUGUGUGGUGAAUGCUGUGAGACGCCGCGGUCACGUGCCCUGGUACAUAGGGAGACGAAUGCGUGUAGCAAUGUUAUGCUAUAGGAAAAAAGAGAGAGAUGGGAUGUGAAGCAGAGAUGGACCUAAGAAGAAUGAUUUGGCAACAAUUUGCAGUAGGAUCAAUUUGUUUACAGUAUUAGUGAAUGUAUUAGGUAUCACAAACUAACAAACAGAAUUUAUCUAAAUUAAUGUUCAUUUCUACUUAUUCUUGUGCAGUUUUUUUAUAUUUCAGAAUCAGCAAAUUUAUUAUGAAAACAAACAAUAGUACACUGCCAUUCAAAGGUUCAGUGUCAAUUAAAUGAGAAUACAUUUAUUCAACAAGUGUGUUUUGAUCAAAAGUUACAGUAAAGACAUUUAUAAUGCAACAAAAUAUAUCUGUUUCAAAUAAAUACUUUUGUUUGAACUUUCUAGUCAUAAAAUAAUCCUGCAAAAAAUAAAAUGAAUCACGGUUUCCACAAAAGCAGCAAAAUAUAAUUUCAGCCCUGAUAAAAAAAAAAAAAAAAAAUACUUGCCUCGCCAUCUUAUCGCCCCCAAAACUUUAAAUAGUAUAUAUUUUAUAAAUUAGCACUAGAUAAAUAAAGGUUUUUCUUGUUUUUUUGUGUGUGUGUUGUUCAUUGUCCAUGCACACUUUGUGAUGCCUAUUGCAUUAACUGUAAACCAGCUGAAUCUGACUGCAGAUUGUGACCAAUGAUCUUGAAAAGGAAUCGGUUGACACAUUAUAUUUAGUUUCCAAUGUGAGCCUCUAAAAUACAUUCAACUCAAUUUUGCAGGAAAUGUUCUUUUACUUGUCAAGCCUCAAACCACAGUCCCUUGCUAGAUAUUUAAGAGGGGUGGAGAGAACGAGCUAAGAUGAAGGCACACACCUGGCUGCCAUUUUUUGGGACAUCAGAAUGAACUUUGCAUCUGCAGAGGGAAGAAGGGAUGAACAAAGGAGGUGGAGAGAAUGAACUCUGAGAAGAAAACUCAUCCAGUUGUUUAUGAUAAAAGCAUUCCACUGCCUGUUUCUGAUGACAUAGGAGUCAAUCACUAUGAGACAUAAGGUCACCUGACGUGAAGAAAAACAAUGCUCUGUGAUGAUACUGGAUGUGGAAGUGAUGCGUAGGAGGUCAAAACAUAGUUUUAGUCAUGUAGUGUCUGUUUGUGAGUGACUUUCUGUUCUCCCAAGACUCCCUAUAACCCCUGCGGUCAUACAUACUGCUGUUGUGCCAGACGCUCGCUCCUUAAUCUGACUUUUGGGUUGUUUAUUAUUUAUGUUGCAUAGAGCACUCUGUUUUAGGAAUGCCUGUAGCGCGUUCAAAAGGAAAAAGUAUGUCUGCUUUGUGACCGUAUGUACGACUGUGCUGAUCUCAAACUGAAAAUAGUGCCGUUCUGGAACGCCGAGGCCAUAUUGAGAACAGGCUGGAAUGAAAGAACAAGGCUAUGGCAAUUCAAAGCCCACACUGCCGGCCGAUCAGCAGGUCAGAACUUUAUCUUACAGUAGGGGGUCAAGGGGUGGGUGAGGAAUCAGUCGACAAGUGAAUUGAGCAGUAAUAUAGUAAAGUUUGCUGAACAAAGAGAGGGGAAAAAAUAUCAUUUCUGUUACAUAUCUACACAUUUCAUGUGAAGCUUCAUGGCCUGCUUUAUGUAGCAACAUGACAAGGAAGUUCCAUUCACAGCAUUACAUACACAGACAAGUAAAAGCAGGAGGAUACAACAGGAAAGAAGAUGGAGAGUUGAUGAGAAGUGAAAGAGAAAGAAGAACGGAAUGAGCAAGAGUGAGAAAGACAAGGCCAGUGGAGAAUAAUUGAUGAAAGAAACGGAUAGGAAGCGAAGUGGAGAAGAAGCAAAAGGGGAGGAAAAAAAAGACACAAAAGCCUGAUUGCAGGUAGUUGGCUUACUGUUGUCUCUUUAUUGUAACGUCAGUCUCUGAGGGUUUUCUGCUCCUGAGGUCAUGAAGCAAGAUGACAGUUAAAAGCCCCUCUGGAGUAAAAUGGGGGAUGGAAAAACUACCACUGUCACGUAUGAGCUCAAUACUCACAUACUCACACACAGCGGAUAGACUCUUUUGGUUCUCAGGUGGUUAUAUACACACUUUCUCUUUGUUUUGCAGUGUUUAACAUUACUCACGUCAUGCUCAUUUGUCUCCCGCUGAACGGCAUGAUAUGCUCACUAUAAGGCAGCCAUCACAAUUCAGCUGUGAAAAUGUAAUUUCAUUGGCUAGUUAUCUUACACUUGAAGUCUGCGAAGCUCUGGAGUCAAAAUUUGUCCAACGAACUCUCAUGCCAAUUCGUAACCAUUUUACGCUCUGGUGAAUUCAUACAGUGAGUGCGCACUCGACAUUUGCACGUUUCCGUAGCCUAUUAUCUCUUCAGCCUUUGUGUUAUGUUUUUGUAAAAGUCACACUGUACAAAUUCAUACAAAAUCACCGCCUCGUAAAAUAAUUACGAUUUCUCAUGAGAUCGGGUUGGUUUGUCCCUGGAGCACCCCUAGUUAUAUUACGAAUUAUCAGGGAAGAGGUGGUUUAGAAAUAUAUGUGCUUUGAUGAUGUGUAAAUGUGAUUUUGGAGGGCAAUAUUUUGAUUAGUAAUAUUCUAUCUUAAGCUAUUUUGACCAUCUCCCACGCUCCCCUAAAAAGAAAUAAUUCAAACCUUUAAAUGCGUGUCUUAUAGAUAAUCUCUGUCAUUUGAGGGGAUUUGCCUGGAGAAACAUUAGUAAUUAGCACAUUGUGCAUUUUUGGUUAAUAUUUACAAAACAAACAAACCAGUGUCUUCAGUUUCGCCCUUUCAUUUGUUGGUGAACCAAACGAAUGCCAAAAACAAACAAACAAGUGAAUUGGCUAUCCUUUGUAUUUGCUUUUAAGUUAUAACUGACCAAAUCCUAUAGUGUUAGCGCACAAUCACUGAGUAUAAUGUUAGCCUUAUGCAACUUUAUGCCUUUUUGAUAUUCACUCACGCCAGCUGCACUCUAGUCUUUCCUCUGUCAUUCCAUUUCCCUUGUCAUUGUGUUUCACAUCUUUAAAAUGGCUACAGACAAUGAACGAUCUUGUGGUGCGUGUGACAGAGAGAUGAAACGCUCAUUUGCAGCCUCCCUCUUCUUCAGCCAAUCACGCGCUGUUCCUCGAAGAUGCGCCGAUUCAAAGACACACGUCUCCCAUGCUCGGUUCAGCCCCAACGCCACGGUUUUCCCUCGCUGUCGUCUCCACGGCGAGCUCGUGUAGGGAGGGCUUGGCAACCGGGUGUCAUGGAAACUGAGCCGUGUUAGUCUGAGUUGCGAGCCUUUUCUUAUCUUAGCUGCUCGCAUACAAGGAGCAUCAUGCACAUGCAGCAACAGAGCCCAAACAUCAGGGUCUACAGCUCAAAACUUAACCUGUGUACUGAUUAUGUCUCUUAAUUUCAUUCUCGUGUAAAAGAUAUGAGGUGUGCAUUUUUUUUUGUCCCACCCCAUGCCCUCCUCUUUCCUCUGACUGAAGUUGAGUAACGCUACAGGUGCUGUUGUCUCUGUUUUCCUUCUUUCUGCUUUUCUCUCUUUACUCUUCUGCUUUAAUUUAUUGUGCUGUUUUCCUAAGGCUAACGUGCCACUGUUGCUGAUAACAUCGUUUCCUUUUUGGUAAUAUUUAUCCUUCUAAUUUUUGUUAAGUUUAGUCACAGCUAAUGUAACAAAACACACUGUGAUGAUUCCAGUAUUAAUAAAAGUUGUACUUAAACUGUG